CCCUCCGGACCCCGCCCGCACCCUACCCCCCCGCCGCCGCCGCGGCGGCGGGGCCCCACGGCCCGAGCCGUGCAGUUGGAGGUGCUUGUGCAUGAAGACAGAUUUGUUCUAUGGCCUCGGAGUUGGGUGCCGGGGAUGAUGGCGGCUGCGGUGAGCUGGCAAAGCCCCUCUAUCUUCAGUACCUGGAGCGGUCCCUCCGGUUGGACCAUUUGCUGCGACAAACAUCAGCCAUUUUCAACAGGAGUAUUUCUAGUGACGACAGUGAAGAUGGACUGGAUGACAAUAAUCCCUUAUUGCCCCAGUCUGGGGAUCCCUUAAUACAAGUACAGGAAGAACCUCCAAAUUCAUUACUGGGUGAAACUUCUGGAGCAAGCAAUUCUGGAAUGUUAAACCCAUACUCACUCAAUGGAGUUCUGCAGUCAGAAUCAAAAUCUGACAAGGGGAAUUUAUAUAACUUCUCUAAGUUGAAGAAAAGCAGAAAGUGGCUGAAGAGUAUUCUUCUUAGUGAUGAGUCUAGUGAGGCAGAUUCUCAGAGUGAAGACAAUGAUGAAGAAGGAGAAGAACUCAAUCUCAGCAGAGAAGAACUUCAUAACAUGCUUCGACUACACAAAUAUAAGAAGCUUCAUCAAAAUAAGUAUAAUAAAGACAAGGAGUUACAGCAAUACCAGUACUACAGUGCAGGUCUGCUCUCAACAUAUGACCCCUUCUAUGAGCAGCAACGGCACUUGCUUGGACCCAGAAAAAAGAAAUUCAAGGAGGACAAGAAGCUUAAAGCCAAGUUGAAAAAGGUGAAGAAAAAAAGACGAAGAGAUGAAGAGCUUUCCUCUGAAGAAUCCCCUCGUCGUCACCACCACCAGACCAAAGUUUUUGCUAAGUUUUCUCAUGAUGCACCACCCCCUGGCACCAAGAAGAAGCACUUAUCCAUUGAGCAGCUCAAUGCUCGUCGCAGGAAAGUAUGGCUCAGCAUUGUGAAAAAGGAGCUACCAAAGGCCAACAAGCAGAAAGCUUCAGCUCGGAACCUGUUUCUCACUAAUAGCCGAAAGCUUGCCCACCAGUGCAUGAAGGAGGUGCGUCGAGCUGCCCUGCAGGCCCAGAAGAACUGUAAGGAGACUUUGCCUCGUGCUCGCCGCCUCACCAAGGAGAUGCUUCUGUACUGGAAGAAAUAUGAGAAGGUAGAGAAGGAACAUCGCAAGCGUGCAGAGAAGGAAGCUUUGGAGCAGCGGAAGUUGGAUGAGGAAAUGCGGGAGGCCAAGAGGCAACAACGAAAACUCAACUUCUUGAUCACCCAGACAGAGUUGUAUGCCCAUUUCAUGAGCCGCAAGCGAGACAUGGGUCAUGAUGGGAUCCAGGAAGAAAUCCUAAGGAAACUGGAAGACAGUUCUACCCAGAGACAAAUUGACAUUGGUGGAGGGGUAGUAGUAAACAUCGCACAGGAAGACUAUGAUAGUAACCAUUUUAAAGCUCAGGCCUUGAAGAAUGCUGAAAAUGCUUACCAUAUUCACCAAGCCCGGACAAGGUCAUUUGAUGAAGAUGCAAAAGAAAGUCGAGCAGCUGCCCUUCGGGCAGCAAACAAGUCUGGCACUGGGUUUGGGGAGAGUUACAGUCUGGCAAACCCAUCUAUCCGGGCUGGUGAGGAUAUUCCACAGCCCACAGUUUUCAAUGGCAAACUAAAAGGUUACCAGCUAAAAGGAAUGAAUUGGUUGGCUAAUCUCUAUGAGCAGGGUAUUAAUGGCAUUCUUGCUGAUGAAAUGGGCCUUGGCAAAACAGUACAGAGCAUUGCCCUACUGGCCCAUUUGGCUGAGAGAGAGAACAUUUGGGGGCCUUUCUUAAUAAUAUCACCUGCUUCCACACUGAACAACUGGCACCAGGAAUUUACUAGAUUUGUUCCUAAAUUUAAGGUGCUACCAUAUUGGGGAAAUCCUCAUGAUAGAAAAGUCAUCAGGAGGUUCUGGAGUCAGAAGACCCUCUAUACUCAGGAUGCCCCCUUCCAUGUGGUUAUCACCAGCUACCAGCUGGUGGUACAGGAUGUGAAGUAUUUCCAGCGGGUUAAGUGGCAGUACAUGGUACUGGACGAGGCCCAGGCGCUUAAGAGUAGUUCCAGUGUUCGUUGGAAGAUCCUCUUACAGUUCCAGUGUCGGAAUCGACUUUUGCUAACUGGGACUCCCAUUCAAAACACCAUGGCUGAGCUCUGGGCUUUGUUACAUUUUAUUAUGCCAACUUUAUUUGAUUCACAUGAAGAAUUUAAUGAAUGGUUUUCCAAGGACAUUGAGAGCCAUGCUGAAAACAAAUCUGCCAUUGAUGAGAAUCAACUCUCUCGUUUACACAUGAUCUUGAAGCCAUUUAUGCUGAGGAGAAUAAAGAAAGAUGUAGAAAAUGAACUGUCUGACAAGAUUGAGAUUCUAAUGUACUGCCAGCUGACCAGCCGACAAAAGCUCUUAUAUCAGGCAUUGAAGAACAAAAUUUCUAUUGAGGAUCUAUUGCAGUCUUCUAUGGGCUCAACCCAGCAAGCACAGAACACCACCAGCAGCCUCAUGAACCUAGUCAUGCAGUUUAGGAAGGUGUGUAAUCAUCCAGAGUUAUUUGAACGACAAGAAACUUGGUCUCCAUUUCAUAUUUCACUAAAGCCAUAUGAGAUUUCAAAGUUUAUCUACCGUCAUGGACAGAUCAGGGUCUUCAACCAUUCGCGAGACAGGUGGUUAAGGGUUCUUUCUCCAUUUGCACCAGACUAUAUCCAGCAGUCUCUCUUCCAUAGAAAAGGCAUUAAUGAAGAAAGCUGUUUUUCUUUUCUUCGCUUUAUUGAUGUAUCUCCAGCAGAAAUGGCAAAUCUUAUGCUUCAGGGACUUUUGGCCAGAUGGUUAGCUCUUUUCCUGUCUCUGAAAGCCUCCUACAGGCUCCAUCAGCUGCGCUUCUGGGGAGAGCCAGAAGGGGAGAGCCAGCAGAGAUAUCUGAGAAACAAGGAUUUCCUUCUUGGAGUUAAUUUUCCACUUUCCUUUCCCAACCUUUGCAGCUGCCCUUUGUUAAAGUCUCUUGUUUUCAGCAGCCACUGUAAUGCAGUGAGUGGCUACUCAGACCAGGUCAUCCAUCAGCGGAGAUCAGCUACCUCCUCACUUCGUUGCUGCCUGCUCACUAAGCUGCCAUCUUUUUUGUGUGUGGCCAGUCCACGAGUCACCGCAGUGCCAUUGGAUUCUUAUUGCAAUGACCGAAGUGCAGAAUACGAGCGGCGAGUUCUGAAGGAAGGAGGGAGUCUGGCAGCCAAGCAGUGUUUGUUGAAAGGGUCCCCUGAACUGGCCACAGACUGGCAAAAUCGCCGAUUCCAGUUCUUCCCAGAGCACCCUGGAGGACUAUGGAGCAUCCAGCCCCAGAAUGGCUGGUCUUUCAUCAGGAUUCCAGGGAAAGAGAGCCUCAUCACUGACAGUGGAAAGCUGUAUGCCCUUGAUGUCCUGCUAACUCGGCUCAAGUCUCAAGGACAUAGGGUCCUUAUCUACUCCCAGAUGACCAGGAUGAUAGACCUGCUGGAGGAGUACAUGGUUUAUAAGAAACAUACCUACAUGAGGCUGGACGGCUCAUCCAAGAUCUCAGAGAGGCGGGACAUGGUUGCUGAUUUUCAGAACAGGAAUGACAUCUUUGUGUUCCUGUUAAGCACACGUGCUGGAGGACUGGGUAUCAAUCUCACAGCUGCGGAUACAGUGAUUUUCUAUGACAGUGACUGGAACCCCACUGUAGACCAGCAGGCCAUGGACAGGGCCCACCGCUUGGGGCAGACAAAGCAGGUUACUGUGUAUCGGCUCAUCUGUAAAGGUACCAUCGAGGAGCGGAUUCUGCAGAGAGCCAAGGAGAAAAGUGAGAUUCAGCGAAUGGUGAUUUCAGGUGGGAACUUCAAGCCUGAUACCUUGAAACCCAAGGAGGUGGUUAGUCUUCUGCUAGACGAUGAAGAGUUGGAGAAGAAACUAAGACUACGGCAGGAAGAGAAACGACAGCAGGAGGAAACCAACCGUGUGAAAGAACGCAAGCGCAAGCGGGAAAAGUAUGCAGAGAAGAAAAAGGAAGAUGAAUUGGAUGGGAAAAGGAAGAAAGAGGGUGUGAACCUGGUGAUCCCAUUUGUUCCUUCUGCUGAUAACUCCAACCUCUCUGCUGAUGGGGAUGACUCCUUUAUUAGCGUGGAUUCGGCCAUGCCCAGCCCUUUCAGUGAGAUCUCUAUCAGCAGUGAGCUGCACACUGGCUCCAUCCCCCCUGAUGAGAGCAGCAGUGACAUGCUGGUCAUCGUGGAUGACCCAGCCUCCUCAGCCCCUCAGUCUCGAGCCACCAACUCUCCUGCUUCUGUCACAGGUUCAGUCUCAGACACCGUGAAUGGAAUUUCCAUUCAGGAAAUGCCAGCUGCAGGACGUGGCCAGUCAGCCCGAAGCCGAGGCCGCCCCAGAGGUUCAGGAAGCACAGCAAAAGCAGCAGGGAAAGGCCGAAGCCGGAAGUCGACAGCAGGCAGUGCCGCUGCAAUGGCAGGAGCCAAAGCUGGGGCUGCGGCAGCCUCCGCAGCUGCCUAUGCUGCAUACGGGUACAACGUGUCUAAAGGAAUCUCUGCCAGCAGUCCUCUGCAGACAUCCCUUGUCCGACCUGCUGGCCUUGCUGACUUUGGACCCUCAAGCGCCUCUUCUCCCUUGAGUUCCCCUUUGAGCAAAGGAAAUAAUGUUCCUGGGACUCCCAAGAGCCUCCACAUGACCAGCAGCCUCGCCUCAGACUCUCUGGUCCGGAAACAGGGCAAAGGCAUCAAUCCCUCUGGAGGACGGUAACCAUCUGGGCCCACCAGCUUCCUUCAACCAAACCAGGGGCUCGAGUCCCAGCCUACAGAUGGUCUUUGGAUGGCUUGCCCAACACAGCAUCUUACAUCCCGAGUCAGAGGGCAGAGAGGACCAGUCACAGCAAAGGGAAGACAGGCAGGUGGAUGGUGUGAGCACUUUUAUCACCUGUUUCCCAAGGAGUGCUCUGGGGCGGCCUGUGAGAAGAGGGCCCAAGGGCAAGAUCGGCCCCAUGGCAUCCCAAAUGAACUCUGUGGCCAUGCCUCAAACCCCUUACUGAGGAAAGACCUGCCCUGGAUCCCCUGUAGAUGCUCAGGCACGCUGUCUCCAUCCCCAUUCCACUCUUCUGCUCUGACCACAUCCCUUGCAAAGGCUCUCCAGGUGUCACAAAGAGCGUCCAUUGUGGAGACUUCUUAAGUUCAUGAUUUCCUGUAGGGCUGAGAAGGAAGGAAGGAACUCCUGUACCUGGUGUCCAAAAUGUUUGGAUAGCUCCCCAGGUCUCCAGAUUCCAUUUGCCACACUUCAGUGUCAUCACUGAAGAGAGAGCAGUAAAUGCCAAGGACGCUGAUGGUUUGUAAGGGUGGCAGACAACCAGAGGAAGCAGACCCAUGGGCAGUGGUUCCCUAGCAUUUCCUCUGUCCUGCAUGGUUCUCGCCAAGCAAACGUCAGGUCCUACCAGCAACAGUAGCAGCAGCUCCUACCCAGAGGACUCCCAGAAGCCAGUAAAGAGACCAGGAGCCACCUCAGUCAGCAGGACAUCCUUACCACCCCUCUUGCAGAUGCCCCUCUACCCAUCCUGAAUGCACAUUCUCCCCAUCCUUGCCCUUCAGUCCCCUGCUUGGCUGUAUGCACUGUCUGUAUUGCACUGAGAAGGGAAGGAGCAGCAGGAGUGAGGUGGAGAGGGUGGAGAGAGGGCAAGCUUGUCACUGACCCUCCGAGCCCCAGCCCCACCAGCCUGAGCUUGCUGGCCUCUCAGACCAGGGGCCAGUGUUCAAUGGGAGGGGUUUCUGCCCCCCCCCCCAGUCCCCGCUGGAGCAGGUGCUUCUGGGUGGGCCAGCCUCUAAUUUGCACACCCGAAAAUCACAGAAUUGAGUUUAGAUAGAUUGAUUUUUAAACUUUUUUUGGGGGGGAGGAGUAGGGGUUAUAGGGGAAUCAUUUAAUUUAAAUCAUUAAGAUUCCCCUGCCCAAACCCAGACUCCUGUGUACAGAUGCUAUUUAGAGAGAAUCAGAAAAAUGCCAAGCCUUUUUUCUCUUUGAAUGUGCUAUUUUUAUAACUGAACUUGUAUAUAUGUAUAAAGAGAGACACAUCUUUCUUUUACUAACUGGAUAAAAAAAAUCUUAAAUAAAAUGGAGUGAGAUAAUUUUAUGUAAA